AUCUGGAUGAUUAAGACUUCACGUUUACUGUGGGAGAACCAAUUUUUCGUCCAUCGCAGAUUUGUUUACAAAUGCAUGGCGACGAUGUCAAAUACAUGUAAACAACAUUAAUGGCUGUUCUUAUUUUCACGUCGGUGAAAUGGUUUACUUCGUAAAAAUGAAUUUAAGGAAAUACAACAGCCGAUAACAGUUAAAAAGAUGGCACAAGUUCCUCUACUAGAUGUAAAUUUUGGCCUGAGUUCAACACAGAAAUCUUAUGGAGGUAAAAAGGUUCCACACGGUUUUCACUCAUACACGGGUGAAGAGGAGUCACAUAUAAGUAAUAGUAUUCCUCUGAAAUCAUAUGGGGGUAAAAAAGCUCCACAUGGAUUCCACUUGUAUACAGAUGAAGAGGAAUCGCACAUAAGCUGUAACACUCUCCCACAGAAAUGUUAUGGUGGGAAAAAGGCUCCGCAUGGGUUCCACACAUAUACAGAUGAAGAGGAGACAUUACCUAUAAGUAACAACAACCCACAGAAAUCUUACGGAGGGAAGAGGGCACCGUCAGGGUUGACUGCUGUAAAUCUGGACGAUGAUUCUAAAUUAACGUGUGUGAAAAAAUCAACUUUAUCAAAUAUUAUUGUUCUUAAUAAUGACGAAGAGUCAGUAUCUUAUAAAUCCUAUGGAUUAAAGAAAAUUAUUCCCACAACAAAUAGUCUAGUCAGUCUUGAUGGGGAGGAAAAGCCUCAAAAUGUCUCACAAACAGAUAGACGUGCCAAUGUACCCUUAACAGAAAUAAAAGAGGAGGGACAGUUGGAUAGUGAAAAAGUGACAUUUCCUCAGCAGGGGUCUAAGCGAGGGGCAUCUGGACCUCUGGUCACGUCAAGUGAUGAAGAGGAGAGUUUACCCCCAUCGCCCCGUUCCAGUGUAAAUAGUAGUUCAUCUAUCCAGCAUGCGUAUGAGCAUGAUCAUGACUAUGAGCCUGCGGCCUCCCCUAGCGGGAGUAGCACGGCUAGUGGGCCUGUCUACAUAAGGCCACCGGGAUUUAAACAUCAUGCACAGGAAAUCAAGAAAGUCAAAAAGAAGAAGACAACUGUAUUUGACUUUAAAACUGCCCUGAAAAAGAGAGCGCCAACUCCUCCCAAAGUUCGACCCAAGAGAGAGUCCGUUCCAAUGAGAUUGAGAGCUUUGCCACAGUCAUUCUGGAAACAGCCCAACGUUCCUAAUCCUGUGUCUCCCGCCCCUCUAUUUCCCUCAUUACCUCCCCUUGGAUCUAAAGACUCAAAUGAAGAUAUCACUGAUAUGCGGCCCAUCACUCCGCCUGAUGACAAGGAGCGACACAAGAAGCAGCCGCGACAACCGGAGCGGAAGGUGUACAUCACGGGGGACACAGAUCUACUCCUAAAACAUCUGUUUGAAAGAGCCACAGAAGACAAGAAAAAUUCCUCCCAGGUUAAAAGGGGAAGACCAAGAAAGGUGACCGUUCCUAGAGAGACUGGGACUAAGGCUCUGAUUUCUGGUGACGACCCGUACCUAGUGGACGCCGUCACUCAGAAGCUGUUUCCUCAGUUAUCUUUGGAAUCGAGGCAGGGUCAGGUGGGGUCGACCACCCUCCAGUUGGUGACGCUACGCGAUGGAGACAAGUCCGUCACACUACCUUCUCUUAGUAUAGAACAAAAUUAUUCACAGAUGCUGUCCGAUCUCGCCAUGAACAUCUAAUGUAGGAGCCGAUCUACUGUGAGCAGUAUAGCCAAUGGGCCUUGAAGAUUUUAUGCAAAGGCCCACUGAACUCCGAGGUAUUUCAUACAAGGUGCAGACCAGCUGAUCUUCACAAUACUAAAGAUUAAAUUUUCUUGAGUAGACUGAAAUUUGAAAAAGUACUACAUUUCAUAUUUAAAUUUUAUCGAAGUUAACAAAUUAUGUUUGUGAUUAAAGAUUUGUUGAAAUCAGGGACAUAUCGAGUCUUUAAAUCUUCUUAUUAUAGAAUUUAUAAACAUGUACUUAAAAUUAUUUGAAGUGUUCAUUGAAUUUGGGUACAUAGCAAAAUGAAGUUUAUUGUAAGUAAAUAUUGUUGACUUGCACACAUGCAGAGUAGGUAAAAUUGUAUUACUUUCGAUGUUUCGGAUACAAUUUUCCUAGUUAUUUUGCACAAUAAUAUCUCAUUUAAUGUUGUUCAGAUCUAUUUGGAAAAAUUUUAAGUCCAUAUUUUGUGUAUUCCCAGUUAUUGAAUCUUUAAAUGUAUUGUGUUUGAAUAAGGUGACUGAUUCAAUUAUUUUCAUUAUCUUUGUUAGAUAGUUAACAUGGAAGCUCUUGUUACAAAUGGCAAGUGUUGGUUCACAAAUGAACAACAAAAAUUUACAUUCCGACUGAAUUUCAUUGUUGUUUAUAUUAACUUAUAAUUAUUAACUUAAUAUUAUAAAUGUGUGUUCAAAAUUUUUUUAGUACUAUAGUCUAUUUUAUAAAAUAUUUAAUUUCCUAAAAUCCACAUACCGUAUAAGCAUGGAGAAUUUUUUGCAGGGAUUAAAAAAAUUAUUUUUGGCAUUAUUAGCGAGAGUGCUGGGAUUGUUAAAAUUGAAUAUCACUAAAAAUAAUUGCAUUUUUUAUUUAAUUGCUUUUUAAGUGAGUAUUUAAAAUUGCUAAAAUUACUUCUCAUUAGAAAUCAAAUACAAAUUUUGGAGGACAAAUUGCUGAAUUUGUCUCUAGCUAAAAUUUUCACUUAUACGGUAGAUUUAGUGAUUUCCUGGUGCAGAUAUUUAAUGACUACUGGGUUGACACACAGAUAUUUAUUCACUCUUUUUUUUAGUCAGAUUAGUAUAUUUUGAGUUGACACUGUAGCUUUACAGUCAUUUGUGGGUCAGGUUGCUUUAUUGAUGUUUAAUCAUAUAAAGAAGUCAUGUCCUUACAUCACUUGUUUUUCACAUUAGAAAGCACAACUUGAGCAAUUGGGAAUAUUAAAUUCAGAGUUCAUUUAAUCAGUUUUGAAAUUUGAAUGAUGUGUCAUUGUGUGUACCCUCAAUUUGUUUUAUAUAACUAUUAUUGUGUAUUUUUUGUUUGUUUACAUUUGUGAUAAUUAUCAAUCACAUUUAAAGAUACUUUCCACUUCUUAAAGUGAUUAGACCGCAAGUUCCCGUCCACAGAUGGAUCUAAUUUAUGUUGACUGUGAUAUUGUUAUUGUUAAAGUUGGUGACAAUUAAUCAAUGUUUUAUGCAUUUAUUUUUUAAUUACAUGACAUAUAUAUUGAGCACAUGACCCAGAGUUUACUCUUCGUCAUACAGUUUUGUCAGCAUUUUCUAUGUUAGUGAAUAAAAAAACUUCAAGAGAAUUUCCGUCCCACAUCUCAAUGCAUUCCAACACUGUGAAUCCUAUUUUAUAUUUAUGACUUUUAUUUUAAUUUUUAUAAUUUAUUUUAUGUACAUUAUUUGUUGUUGACCUUUUGUGUUUUGUAUAACACAAAUACGUCAAAUUUUAUGCACAAAAUGCAUCCUUUCGAGGUGGUCUGGUUUAUUUUCUUAUUAUAUAUUGUAUCUUGAAAGGGAUACCUGUUUAUUAAAUAGAAAUUAAAUAUAUGAUCAUGGGUUUAAUUUUGGGAAUGACUUUUGAAAGCCGAGUUAUGUUUAUUUUAUAAUAUUGGGAUAUUUUUAAGACGUAGAAGAUACAAAUAGAAAUUAUUUCAGCGGAGAAGUUAAGCCAGAUUAAUUGUACAGAGGACUAAGGAAUGUCACCGGUAAAUCUUUAUGUCAAGGUCAAGAUCUAGUAAAUGGGUCGACAGAUGUCUCCACAGAUUUCUUAUAAGAUUUGAGAAAUAAAUUCUUGUAAUGAUUCUUUCUAACUAUAUUGCUUUGUCAAAUAAGCUUAGUUUUUGCGGGCAUAAUUGGAAGGUAAAAAGAUGAAAAAUUGUAUUUUAAACCGUCAUUUUUAAUGGAAAACAAAGAAAACCUGAGUUAUGAUUAUGGGAGAUUUUUUUCCAAAAUUAUCAGACAAAGGAAAGGUAUCCAUAUUGUCUACAGUCUCUCAGAAAACAGUAUUCUGUAAAUGUUCAUAGCCUCCUCCUUAAAAUAGCAUUAAAUUUAAUGUGUAAGUAUCAUGAUUACUUUUCACAAAAUAUAAGAUUGAAUUCAAUGAAAAAUUCAAAAUACUUAAUUUAUUUUUUACAUACAUGUAAUUCUGUUUAUCUAAGAGCUGUUAGCUUGAGAAAGAGUAAAUGUGGGGUCAAUUACUAGAUCUUGAUCUUAUGAAUAUGCUAAAUGAAAUUAUUAUUUAUUAUAAUCCAUGUGUUAUAUGUAAAUUGUUUUUGUUUUCCAUCUUGAUUUGUGUGCUUUCUAGUUUUAUUCAGAUUUUAUGACCUGUUUUAUGAAUUUUAGUGUGAGAUUCUGUUUUGUCAUUUUACAGUGCUGUCUUAUUUAUGUGAUGUUGUACAUGUUGAGCCAUUAAAAUUUUCAAAUAAGA